AUGCUGGCUCUUCACGUGAUUCUUAAUGCACUUGCGUGUGCGUUUGCUGCCUACACGCUAUCUAUUUUAUCCCAUACGAUGCAUGAGGUGCCAUGUUCGUCGUUUAGGGGGGACACAGCGACUUUCUGCAGCGCUGCCCAAGAAAUUGAUCCGGGCUUUGUGCUUGCUGUUCGGGCGCGUCAUCCGGUCCACGCAACUCUUGCCCUGUCAGUUCUCUUUCUUUUCCUUUGCACUGUGGAAUUCUUGGCCUCGUUGAUUUCGCCCAUGCCAGAUGCAAACACGCUGCAGACACUGCAAAAAGCAAAGCCUGAAACCAACGUUUUUUUUCCCAGCGUGUACGCCCCUGACGGCAUUGGUGAGAUGGAGAAGCAAAGACUGAGGACGCACAUUGCACACCGUCUUAGGACCCAGCUCCAGGAGCAGAUGCAGCAACAGGACCUCCUUCUGACUCGGAACGUCACAAUCAGUGAAAUAGUAUUAGCCAAACGUGAGAAGAGCUUGAUGGAUGAUCUGCCUAACGGAGCUCGUGCCAUGAACACGCUUAACUGGAACGACGAUGAGCCGCAGGAUCCACUGCACUAUAUGAUAUCCCCUGUUGGCACCAGCAGUGAAACUAGCUCGGCUAAAGAGGAGGAGCAGAUAAAGCCAGGUGGAAGGAAUGAAGACCGGCAGAUACCCCCUCGUCUACUUGAGGAAGUGGUGCGGAUUAGUAGUCGAAUUGAAGCUUCGGUGGGCGGCAAAACAAACACGGCUGGACUCUGA